AACACGUGACUAAGCUUACCUCUUUGCUCACGUCUCGUUUUGUGUACGGUUGAUGGUUGCCUUGCUCCUGAACAUCCUUGCAGCAUUUGUUAAAAACAUGUCUGACGAACGUACUUUUAUUGCCGUCAAACCCGAUGGCGUCCAGCGUGGACUUGUCGGUGACAUUAUCGCCAGGUUUGAGAAGAGGGGAUAUAAAUUGGUGGCCCUGAAGAUGGAACAGGCAACCGAAGAGCACCUGAAGAAACAUUAUGCCGAUUUAUCAUCAAAACCUUUCUUUGCUGGUUUGGUUAAAUUCAUGUCCUCUGGACCACUGGUUGCCAUGGUAUGGGAAGGUAAAGACGUUGUGAAACAAGGUAGAGCCAUGUUGGGUGAAACAAAUCCAUUAACUUCUAAGCCUGGUUCAAUCCGAGGUGAUUACAGUAUUGAUAUGGGAAGAAAUAUAUGUCACGGUAGUGAUUCCGUUGAUAGUGCCAACAAAGAAAUUAAAUUAUGGUUCAAAGAUGAAGAAGUUUGCAACUAUAAGAGGGUCAAUGAUUGCUGGGUUUAUGAAUAAAUAUGACUUGUGAAGAAUAGUGCUUGUUCUAUAUGAUCUGUUUUACUCAACCCCUAUUGGUUGAUAAUCAGCUUGUCUGAUGAUUAUUGUAAAUUAUUCUGAUCAUAAAGGUCGUGCAAGAGAUUAAAAUUAAUCAUCCAUA